AUGACAACAAUGCUUGUCGAUAGUAUUUCUUCGUAUUCAUUACGUUCUAUUAAAUUAUUUACGUUUGGUUGUACAUUAGCCGUUGUACUUAUGACAUUUCAAUAUGAGCACAAAUUACGACUAUUUAAUUCUCCGCGUCUUAUGCUAACUUUACCUGCAUUAAGUCUUAUAUCUAUAUGUGGUUUCGGUGCCGCUUUGGUUGGUCUUGUCUAUCCAAUGUUUAUUACUACGAUUGAUCAAACAUCUUUUCCUGAAUAUAAUGAUAAUAUAAUACGCAAAUCUCAAGUUUGUAAAUCCAUAGUAAUAUUUGUCGGAAUAAAUCAUCUAUCUGCUAAAAUUCCAUUUCAAAGUGAUCUUCAUUUUACAUUAACAUUAGCGUUUUUAUGUAUCGCAUUCUGGUGGUGGUUCGAUCGAACUAUAAUUACUUUUAUAUUUUCAAUUUUUGUAUCAUUUAUAUUAACAAUGAUUACAGAAAUUUUAUUACGUUCUGGUGCACUUCAAUAUACAUAUUCAGAUUUUUAUUUGAAAACUUGUGUGCCUUGUUUAACAUUUGCCGGUGCCAUUUUAACAAUUCAAAUAACAAAAUUAUUAUCUCAACCUGAUCAACCAUUAUCAACAAUGGAUAAUUCACAUGAACAAGAACAUGUAAAAAAUGAAUGA